AUGCCGGAGGAAACAGAUCCAGUGGACCUGCAUCACUUUUUGAAGAAAAAUACGGUCGGAAAUGAAGUUUUGAAGUUGCCCAAAUAUGAGAAGAUUCUGGGGCCAAAGAUGUGGACCCAAGGGUAUGUCUUAGACAUUGGCUCCAGCGAGAGGUUCCAGAGUGUGAUCCGGAACGCUUCGCCUUGCCUCACGAAGACUCGGCUGAAACAGAGAGGGUAUUAUAUUCCCAAAUUGAAACGCAGGCUUUUGCCUGAAGAAGCCGCAAGGUUGCAGGGUGUGCCUCAGCAAGUUUACGAGGCCAUGGCCAAAGUUGCAAAAGAAAAGAAACUGGCUGCUAACGCUUUGGAAGGAAGCUUAGGCGAUGCCAUGAGCAUUCCUGUCUUGACUGCUGUAUUAUACACUGGACUGAAAGCAGCUGGCUAUUCUGUGCCGACUUGGUCUUCAGCAACCAGAGCGGACGGCGCCCAAGCCGGCUUUCACAUGGAUAAGACGUUGACAAUGGCGGAACCAGAGAUGGAAUUGAAGAACAUCGGCAGCUGGCGUUUGAACAAGACUGAGAACCAAGAACUGCAAGACAGAGUUGGCAAAGGAGAAGAGGAGCACUUGGUGAAGAGAGAGAUCCAGACACGCAAGGCUAAGGCCUGUGCUGAACGAAAGCUAGCUGCCACGGCAAUUGCCGACAAAGCUGUGCCCAAGGCUAAGGCCAAGGCCAAGUCUGCACCGACUCCGGAGGCUGCGACUGCCCGUGACCCAACCAACUCGGCGUAUUACGGCGAGGUUGAGGCUGACAUUGCAUUGGUGCUCAAAGAGUUCCCAGCCAUUCAGUCAGAGCCACCCCUGGCUCUCUCAGACGGUAAGAAUAGCGGUGUGCAAGAGCCGUACCAUCUAGAGAAAGGACAACAGGCAUUAGAGCUCAACGGCGUUUACCGUGCCUCUGGCAACCUGUUUUGGGUACAGCUCUUGGCGUCUCCAACACCAGGAAUUCCAAUGAGCCGGAGACGGGUGCUGGAUAUGGCAGAGUAUUACUUUCCGAAAGGCUCGCCAGCCCACAUGACUGGCCGGAUGGUCGAGCUGUCAGUGGAUCGAAAUGCUCUAACCACGUGUCCAGAAAACCUCCAGAUGUGUUCGCCAGAAGAAUUAGUUCACAGCAUGUUUGCGGCCUGUGCUACAAUGAUUCGGCAGAAGGAUGACGUCGAGCAGUCUGUCUGGGAAGCUGCGCGGGCCAAAUGGCGAGCCGUGCUGCUCAGAGGUCGCAAAGAAGACGAGAACGACGGCAAGCUCACUCCCAAUUUGAUCAGCCAAGCCUUGACGGUGAAAAGAGGGAUUCUUGCCUCGGCCCGCUCUGUGGAAAUUCUGCUUCAGUUGGAGGCAGACUACGGAACCCGGUCCCCAUUUCACCAGAUGGCCCGUCUUCAUGUCAUGUCGACAAAGCCUUCGACCCCAGCGCUCAGAGACUGGGCCAUGGAGUGUCUCUACGAUGGUUUACUCAAUGAGACUAUGCAAUUGGGCGACAUUUCCAAAAGCAGUUUGGGCGGCGAUAAGCAUCACGUCGGUCUGGUCCCUCUCUACGAACUGAAGAAGAAGGUUCUGGAUUAUCUUCUUGACCAACACUAUCCUAGGGCCGGGUUGUCCGAGGCGGACAGGACCCUCCUCAAGCAAAAGGUGAUGAACCAUUCCACCUACAGAGCCCACAGUGGUGCAGAAGGUGACCACAGCUGGAUGUCAAAAAUGGCGAAAAGCUCAAUCCAGGCUUUCCACUUUCUAGAGGACAUUGUCUAUGGCAGCAAGUACAACAAUUGUCUCAAGCAAGCGUGCAAGCAGGGAGGUCUACCGGAACAGUUGAUGGAACAGGAAUCCAUGAAAGAAGUGUGGGGGAAGGUUCUCGUCCAAUUGGCAAACGAGGAGGCUGAGCGCAAGGCUGCCUUGGAGACCCCAGAGACUGCUCGCGAUGGCAGGGAGGAAGGUCCCGAUGAGCUGGACGCAAUCCGGAAGCCUCCAACACAACAUUCGGAAGGCUCCGAAAUGUAUUGGAAGAGCGUGGCGAACCAGACAGUGCGAACCUACAUUGCUUUGUCGGUGGAGCCACACACUCUGGACGGAGUCAUCCAAAGUGUGACGCAAGCUCUGAAGGACCACGAGCCCAAGGCAGGCGAAUCUUGCGGUCUUGUCUACUUGGAUUUGGACAGUCUUGGAGAGUCCAUGGGACCAGGGCAACAAGAACUUCUGCGGAAGAGGUAUGUUCCAGACAGUACCCUUCUACGGAAGUUGGUGCAUGGUGCAACCAUCGCCCGGCACGGACAACGAAAAGGCGAUGAAGCGACCUGCCCAGCCGAGGCUGAGGUGGUCGCUAUCCAUGUUGGAGACCGAAGCAGCAGAGAGGCUGAGGCCUUGUUCCGUGCAAGCACGGCCCGCAAGGAUGCAAGCAUCGACGCGGAGAUGAAGGAAGUGAUGGUUGUGUUUUCUGAUUCUUCCAUCCGUUCAAGAAAGAAAAAGAACCGUGGAGCUUACACACAACGCUCCUGCCUCGGGCUGUUUUCUGCGGCGCCCUUGUCGUCAAUGUUGCCCGAGAAGGCGUACACCGACUACCAAGGGCACAAUACCUCGGACACAUGUGCCUUUGUGACAGCUUUGCAACCUGUAGACAUGUGGCACCUGCCCAGGAAAGAGAAGGAACUUGUGCUGGAAGGCCGCACGGUGGAGGUUACAGAAGCUGCAGGUGAAAAGAAGGCGGCAAAGAAAGCCCUUGGCGCUGCGGAUCCGGAGUCGGUAUUCUCCGGGCAGAUUCUGCCAGCUCAGUUCUUCAGGAACUUUUUGAAGGCUCAGAGUGUUUGCUGCGUGUGUCCAAGCCGCAAUUAUAACUUGAGAAUCGUCAUGACGCCAUGUCUUCCCCAUUUGCACCUUGUUGUGAAAAUGAGGUGUGACCUGGCAGCGGCCCAGGGAGAACUGGCGAAAGCUUGUUUGUCCGAGCGUGUGCCCUUCUAUGGAUUCACGCUCUCAGAAGCGCAUUCUCGCCACUUGGAGAUCCUGCUGACGGACUAUGUUCUGGAGCAAAUGUCCACUGAAGGGUCCACUUUUUACAGAUCCGAAGUGGCAAGCAAGGCAGACGAUAGGAAAAGGACGGCGGAAGAGGAUAAAAAGCCUGUGCCCAAGAAGAAAGCCAAGGCCAAGAGCAAGAACAACAAGCCUGAAACAGACGCCGUAGGAGAGAACCAGGAUGACAACGCGGCGGAGGGCGAAGAG